CUCGCGUGAUUACGCCACCGACGGCAAUGGAAUUGAGGCAGGGGGCGGGGUUCAGAGCGGUACCCAUGAGAUGUUUGGAGACAUUUUUAUCAAAUUAUUUAUUUAAAUAAAAAUGGCCGCCGUAGAGAGCGGAGAGGAGAAACUCAGUGAGGAGAAGAGUGAAGAAGCCAAUCAGAAUCAGAGAUCCAACGACAAGGACCCUAAGACACACAGUAAGCCCAAGAAGGUGAGGAGGGAUGUGGAGAAGGAGAUGCUGGAUUCUUCAUCCUCCCCUCCUCCUCCUCCAGCCCAGCAGCCCUGUUCAGACCAGGAACAGCUCCAGCUAGCCGAUGCUGAGGCGGGGCCCUCGGAGUCCAUGGUCGCUGCAGCUGGCGAGGCCUCGGGUCUCUCUGAGUCCUCCCCUUCGCCCAAACAGAGGAGGUCCAUCAUCAGGGACCGAGGUCCGCUCUACGACGACCCCUCUCUACCACAGGGCUGGACACGUAAACUCAAACAACGCAAGUCUGGGCGGUCCGCCGGGAAGUUUGAUGUAUACUUGAUGAACCCCGAGGGGAAAGCUUUCCGAUCCAAGGUGGAGCUGAUCGCCUACUUCCAGAAGGUUGGGGACAUCACCACCGACCCCAACGACUUCGACUUCACCGUAACUGGGCGUGGCAGCCCCUCCCGCCGCGAGAAGAGACCCCAGAAGAAACCCAAGGUGGUGAAACCAUCGGGGAGGGGCAGGGGCCGGCCGAAGGGGAGUGGAAAGCUACGCCCGGCUACGGAGGGUGUGGCGAUGAAGCGUGUGGUGGAGAAGAGUCCUGGGAAGCUCCUGGUUGAGAUGCCGUUUGGAGCAUCCAAGGCAUCCGAGACAGCUGGGCAGACCUCGGAGCUGGUCGUAGUCACCAAGAAACGCCCGGGACGGAAAAGGAAAGCGGAGAUACCACCGCAGACUGCUCUGAAAAAGCGGGGGUGUAAGCCAGGGUCGGGGGUGACUGGGUCGAUGCUGUCAGCAGCUUCUGGUGCGGUGAGUUCCAGUACUUCCUCAUACGCAGCGGCUGCUAUCCUCGCCGCAGAAGCCAAGAGGAAAGCUCAGAAGGAGUCUUCCGCUAAGCCGGUGCAGCAGACCGCUCUGCCCAUUAAGAAACGCAAAACCAGAGAAACUGUUGAGGAGACUAAGGAGACUCCAGCCAUCACCACGGCACUGUUCGGGGCAGGGGGUGGUGGUGGGGCAGGAACUGUGAUGGGGACAGGGAAUGGGACUGGGACUGGGAGUGGUGGUGGGGCAGGAACUGGGAGUGGUGGUGGGGCAGGAACUGGGAUGGGGACAGGGAGUGGUCUGGCUGUGGUGGCAACAGAAUGGACAGAGCAGGGACACAAGCUGCCAAAGAGUCCAGGGAGGAAGCACAAGGACAGUCCCCUGGCAGCAACGGUUACCACGGAGACCAGUGGUGUGUCUGAAAGGUGGCCCAGCGGAGGCAGCAGUAGUAUCACUACUCCAAAGAGCCACAGCCACAAGAGAAAGGAGCGUACGCCGCACAAACACCAUCACCAUCACCACCGUCACCAUCACACACACUCCUCUGUAGUGGAGGAUCAUCCUCAACCCUCCCAGCGGCCCCCUCACCACCACUUCCCCGGCCUGACUAUGGGGCUGGUCUCCCAUACAGCCAGGUCCUCGGUGGGGCCAGGGGCCCUCCAACAGAACAAGCCCCAGGACCUGAGCACCUCUAGGGGACCCUGCCGGGCCAGCAGCAGGCCAGAGGGCCAAACUACGACCAGAGGAGAGAGGGGAGAGGUCAGCUCGGCUGCGGUGGUAGUAGUGGGAACGAGUGACACCAGAGGCAACAGAAAUCGAGCAGACGAGGCAGCGGGGACAGUGGUAGGGAGGGAUUUGAGAGACAUUGUACCCUCAUCAGCAGUACCGAGGCCCAGCCAGGAGGAGAUGGUCUCUGCUGUGCCCAGGCCCAGCCGGGAGGAGACUGUCUCCGUUGUGCCCAGACCUAGCCGGGAGGAGACGGUCUCUGCUGUGCCCAGACCUAGCCGGGAGGAGACUGUCUCUGCUGUGCCCAGACCUAGCCGGGAGGAGACUGUCUCUGCUGUGCCCAGACCUAGCCGGGAGGAGACGGUCUCUGCUGUGCCCAGACCUAGCCGGGAGGAGAUGGUCUCUGCUGUGCCCAGGCCCAGCCGGGAGGAGACGGUCGAGUCUCGGACACCGGUCACUGAAAGGGUUAGUUGACUGUAUGGUAGGACCCCUGUCUGUAAGGAGAAAAGGAGCCGUGUAGAGGAGCAGUGGGUUUUAUAAGACAACAGAAAAGGACGUGUACAUGGAAACACAAGGCAGCUGUUGGUUGAUUGUUCUUUGUGUGGGUUGGGCCUGUUUAUUGACAGGUAGCGCAGCUUAAUGGUCAACCCACAACAGAUUGCUUCCUGAUAAAUGAACUUAUUAUUAUUAUUAUUAUUAUUAUUAUUAUUAUUUAGUAUUUUUCUUUCUUUGUUUGGUCAUUGUCUUGUUCUCUGUUUUGCUCUUUUAAAACCUGUUGUCAUUCAACCCAUCCAACCCGACCCAGAAGCCUUUGCUUAUAAUCUCACAGGAAGUGAAGGACCUACACUUCCGGUGCCAUCAUCAGACGGAAACCAUGGUAACCACGAUGAUGACUCAUGAACCUCAAUCAUUCAGUUCUUCACUGUGGUUUUAAGAUGGCGUAUAUAAAAUGUACGACCAAAAAAAAAGGCAUGUGUCCUGUCUGUAGUUCGCUCACAGGUGGCCUUUUCCAACGUUGUGGCUCGAAGCGGCACAACACACACAGGUCAUACAAAGCUUCCACUGCUUCUUCUUCUUCUGUUGUAGCAUCCUCUGUUUACUGCAGUACGCUCAGCGUCCAGUCCAUCGACGCUUUGCGCUACGUCCCAUAGGGUGCCCUAUUCCCUAAUAAUACAAUGCUUUUGACCAGAACCUUAUGGGCCCUGGUCUAAAGUAGUGCACUGAAUAGGGAAUCAUUUGGGACACAGUUGGGUUUCCAGUCCUUGCUCUACAGUCAGCAUAUUAAUUUAGGUGACAUAUGUUUUCCUCGUUGGCCUAUAUUAUGUAGAUGCCAAGUCUUCUGUGUGUGUGAUGUCGAUCAUCUCCUUCUAUAUACAGUAGUCUCAGUCUGAAACAGCAGCCUAUUCCCUACACAGGGAGAGACAAGUAAUUCUCCCCAAGCAGACUGGAGGUUUUUUUCUCUUCCCCUUCACACAGAGACAAGAGGUACUUGAUGAUCAGAGAGAUUAUGAUUAAGUUAGAAUG